UAUGACUUGACAGUUUGCCCGCUGAACACGGAACCGGUGCUUCAAGCACGUUUUCCUGUUUUUAAAUAUCACCUUUAAUCAUACAGGUGAACACGUCAGCUUUUAUAAUGCUGUAGCUCUUGUUAUAAGUCGUAGGCGUCGCGAUUACAGGUGACUAUUUCGUCCAGCUCACCCGUCCUUCUCUGUUAGCCUAACCUCUCAUCAUGUGGGUGUUCGGUUACGGCUCACUGAUAUGGAAAGUGGAUUUUCCUUACGAGGAAAAGAGAAUUGGGUACAUAAAAGGCUUCAGUCGCCGGUUUUGGCAAGGCAGUACCGACCAUCGAGGAGUACCGGGCAAACCUGGCCGGGUUGUGACACUCGUGGAGAAUCCUGAGGGGUGUGUUUGGGGUGUUGCCUACAAACUGCCGACUGGCCGGGAGGAAGAAGUGAAGCGCUACCUCGACUACCGAGAAAAGGGUGGUUAUCAGGUCAUCACGGUGACCUUUCACCCCCGUCCAUCACUCACUUGCUCGCCAAGCCAGACGCUGAUCUACAUCGGCUCCAAGGACAAUCCCAACUACCUCGGCCCCGCACCCCUGGAGGAGAUCGCCAACCAGAUCAUCAACUCUACUGGUCCAAGCGGGAAAAAUACGGAGUACCUGUUUCAGCUGGCUGAUGCCGUGAGGACUUUUCUGCCUGAGGACUCAGACACACAUCUGUUUUCUCUUGAAACUUUAGUAAGAGAGAGGCUAGAAAACGGACAGAAAAACUCAAUUUAGGUAGCUUAUAAUUAAAUUAGUAACAGCACUUGAUUUUUAAAAAUGUAUAUAUUAGGCUGGAUUAGUCACAUGAUCUCAGGGUUGAAGGUAUACUUGUCCAAUAAAGAUGUUUGUUACAUGUAGGAUGGGACAUGUUGACCUCAUUAGUUGACUAAAUAAUGUUAUUUUGUUCAGGAUUUCAGUGCAAAUAAAUAUCCACUGAAAGCUGCUUCAAAGUAAUAACACAUAAACUGGUAUAGAAAACAUAAAUUACCAAAAAUGUACAAAUCGCAAGAUAUGUUUCAAUAUAAAUCAGUACAGAACGGUUUCAAUAUAUAUCGUCUAAAUAUAGGUAUUUAAUAUCUGGCAUUGACUGGCCAAGAUGAGACAAAGAAUUGCUAAUGUUAUUGCAUAUUAGUUAUUAAACAUUUAACACUCAAACCUGAGCUGCUUCAUGUCUGGUUUAAUGUUUGUUAAAUAUAGAGGUAAAAGUAUCGAGCCACCCCUCGUUUCUUUAUGUUUUGCUUAGAAAAUGGGGAAAUGGGUGCAGCGAUUUAUGGAAAUAUGGAACUAGACUAUGGAAUGUAAUAGCAGAGUAUAAUUCUAAAAAUCUUGAAAGUCAAUAUUCAAGAUGACUGAACUCUCUGGCAAGCUCGUCAUUUCUUUAAGCAGUCUUCAGGAAUAGUUCUCUGAGCUUGUUGAAGGUCAUUUAAAGCUCUUCUCUGGAUGUUGGCUGCCUUUUGUUUUAUUCUCUGUCAAGCUGAUCUCACACUGCUAGAGGCCAGUCUAGCAGUGGGAGAUCAUCAAAAUGAAGCUAUUAUCGAUACUGUUUAUCUGCUGUAGAUAUUUUGUCUUUUCUCCUCAAGUUGUCCAGUUUCCCUCAAAUGAUAGGACACACUGCACAUUCGUGACAAGAUAUGCCAAGUUUUCAGCUAAUAGCACUUUGGAAAUCACCUUGCUAGUGCUCUUUUAUUCCUCUGAAAAAGGUCAGGUACAAGGACUGGACUUAAAGUGAGUGAAAGAGCAGCCAAUAUCCAAAGAACAACACCUUUAGGAAGCCUAAAGAACUGCUGCUCAAGUUCACUUUAAAGAAUUUGAAUAAAAUCUGGCUCCUUGGAAGCAAAAUGUAAAGAAAUUAGGGUUGGCACAUGUUUUUUGCACAGUACUGUAUUACAAAGAGAUAUCCAAGAUAAUAUUUUUAACUCUAGCUCUAAGUUGGUUUUAUAAUCAGACACAAAAACAAUGACACCCUCAUCAGAUGCAGCUGCAAAUUAAGUGCUAAUUAGCUCACGUUAGCAUGGUAAACACUGUAAACAUUUCACUUUAGAAACAUCAGCACUGUUAGUACUGUCACCGUGAGCAUGUUAAUGUUAGUGUUCAGCUCAAUGCACUGCUGUGACAGUCUUUCAUUGUCCGUGUAGGCUUUUCUUUCCUGUCUUGCUAUGGUUAGUCUAAUGUGUUCCUUAAGUCUUCUACUGAACCGUUUAUUUAAAAAAAAAAA